GCUCAGCGGUAUGCUGUUUAUUAUUACUCCUGUUUUAUGGACCGAGUGUCAGACUGCGUAAGCAGAGCUGGAUGCAGGAGGCAGGAUGAUGAUGAUGCUCUGUCUGCGUGCGCGGAGAGCCCAUUGUCUGCAGCCAUGCAGGGUGUGGACCAGCAGCAGCAGCAGCAAGGUAGAGCGCAGGGCGGAGGCUGCCCCCACACACAGCGCAUCUCAGGAGGGUUAAUGACUCAGUCGGGGAGGAUGUGUGUGUGUCUGUGAGUGAGAGUGUAAGCUGAUGAUCACACCGCGGAUGGAUGUUUUUGCUCGGGGCAGAGGGCGUUUCUGCACUACGUGGGAAGUUGCUCGCUUUGCUGAUGGAGCAUCGUUCUGGUUCCCCAGCCUCUCCGUGAUGCCGCGGAUCCGUCAGGUCGUCUGUUUUUAGCGCGCGAUUGUUGUCAUCUAAAGGUGCGAGAUGUCUAAGAGGAACAGCGCAGUGUUUCUGAGGCCGAGGACCAUGUCCGUGGGCAAGAAAUCCGAAACGAUCAAGGUGGUGGUCCGGUGCCGCCCUGUAAACAAGAAAGAAGAAGCGAUGAGUCACGAGAAGAUCGUGGAAGUGGACAUCAAGCUGGGACAGGUGCGUGUCCACAACCCCAAAGGACCUGGCACUCUAGUAAAGGCAUUCACGUUUGAUGCUGUCUACGACAUGGCCUCAAAACAAACAGACCUGUAUGACUAUUCCUGCAAACCUUUGAUUGAUUCUGUCCUUCAAGGCUUUAACGGAACGGUUUUUGCCUAUGGUCAAACUGGCACCGGAAAGACAUACACCAUGCAAGGUCUGCCCAUGGACCCAGAGAGGCGAGGCGUCAUCCCAAAUUCUUUCCAGCACAUCUUCACCCACAUAUCCAGAUCCCAGAACCAGCAGUACCUGGUGAGGGUGUCCUACCUGGAGAUCUACCAGGACGAAAUCCGAGACCUCGUCUGCAAAGACAACAACAAAAAGCUGGAGCUCAAGGAGAACCCAGAGCUUGGCGUCUAUGUCAAAGGCCUUUCAUCAGUGGUCACCAAGAACAUCAAAGAAAUUGAGCAUGUGAUGAAUCUAGGGAACCAGUCCAGGUCGGUCGGCUUCACCAAAAUGAAUGAGCGAAGUUCACGCUCCCAUGCCAUCUUCGUUGUGACCAUUGAAUGCAGUGAAAUGGGCAUCGAUGGAGAGGAGCACAUUCGUGUAGGCAAGCUGAACAUGGUGGACCUGGCAGGCAGUGAACGCCAGAGCAAGACAGGUGUCCAGGGCAUGAGGUUCAAGGAGGCCGCCAAAAUUAACCUGUCCCUCUGCGCCCUCGGAAAUGUCAUCUCGGCUUUGGUGGAUGGGAAGAGUUCCCACAUUCCGUACAGGGACUCCAAACUCACUCGCUUACUGCAGGACUCUUUGGGAGGGAACUCUAAGACAGUCAUGGUGGCUACAAUAGGUCCUACUUCGUGUCACUAUGAGGAGACCCUCACUACCCUGAGGUUUGCAAACAGGGCAAAGAACAUUAAGAACAGGCCAAAGAUCAACGAGGACCCCAAAGAUGCCUUGCUCCGAGAGUUUCAAGAGGAGAUUGCCCGUUUGAAGGCUCAACUAGAGGAACGGGGGAUGCUGGCCAAAGAAAGGAGAAGGCGAAGGAACAGCAUGAGGAUGAAGAGGAGUGUGAGCACUGGAGAAGUGGAGGUACCCAGGAAUCGUGAGGUGGACGUUGUUGAGAUGGUGGAGGAAGAGAGUGCUGAGGAGCACUGGUGGAAGCAGCAGGUGGGGCAGAUGGCCAAGAAUGCUGCCAAUGACAGCCCGGAGGUGAGGAGGAAAUUAGGCAUGGUGGGUGAGAAAGCAAAGACUAUGGAGGAAUUACUGGGAGAGCAGCAGACUAUGGAAAUCAUGAUUGAAAAAUAUAAGGCCUUGGAAAGUAAGCUACUGACUGGAGGAAAGAACAUCAUCGACCACACCAAUGAGCAGCAGAGAAUGCUGGAGCUAAAGAGACAGGAAAUUGCAGAGCAGGAUAGACAGGAGAGGGACAUGCAACAGCUGAUGUUUGAGCAGGAUGAAGAAACAAUAGAACUGAAAGAGACCUUCUCCACUCUACAGCAGGAGGUUGACCUUAAGACCAAAAAGCUCAAGAAGCUGUACAGCAAACUGCAGUUGGUGAGAGCUGAGAUAGUGGACAUCAGUGACGAACAUGUGACAACAAGACAGGAACUGGAGCAGACACUGAAUGAGCUGACAAGAGAGAUGAAAUUCAAGAAUCUCAUCAUUGACAAUUUCAUUCCACCUGAGGAGAAAAACAAGAUCAUAAAUCGCUUGCACUACGACAGCGAGGAGGACCAGUGGAAAGUCUUGCCCCUCCUCCCGUCCGAAAACAACUCUCCUCGCGUCAGGCGGAGGCCGACUUCUGUAGUGGGACACAAGAGGCCCAUCAGCCAACAUGCACAGGUUGCUGUGGCAACAGGAGCUCCUUCCAGAUACAGGGCAGAGAAUGUCAUGCUUCUGGAGCUGGAUAUGGCGCCACCGGCCAUGGUCCCCCUGGACCUAGAAGGAGCAGAGAUGAGGACGCGGGACUUCCUCCGGGACUUUGGCAACCACAGAAGAAGGACAACAGAAUCCCGUGUCAUGCGGGCCAGAUCAUGGUACCAAGGACCAAGUCUACCCACUUCUUCAUCAACCAGUUCUAUGGUCCCUGAGUCUCAGUGUCUGCCCACUACAUCUAUAGGGACAUGUGCCGCCAUGCUCCAGCCAUAAAGUAUUCUAAAACUUGUUAGGUUUGCCAUGCUGUAAAUACAAAGCUUUAUCCAAAAGACUUGUUGUUAGCUCUGUUCUUGUUUUUUGUGAGCUUUACUGCAAGAUCUUUUGUUUUUCCAAUUAUGCACUGAUUUUGUGUCAAAGCACAUUUUUUGAUGACAAAAAAGCACAGUUUUAUCUUGUUUAUCUUAAGCUUUGAUCUAAAUGUGUCAUGUAUAGCUUUACUCCUGUACUGUUAUAAUGAAUAAAAUCCAUGGAAAGGAUA